AUGGAAGGCUGGUUAUCAAGCUCUCAGUUUGCCGAGCAGUUUAGCCUGGGCGACACCCCCAACAUCCACAUCACCACACCUGCACCCUGUCCUUCUGACUAUGGGGAGGGCAAAAGUUACUGGAUUGAGACAUAUCCAAUCGACUUUGAAGAUGAGUGCCGCACAGCCACUUUGCCCGAAGAGGUCGACGUUGUAGUCAUUGGCACGGGCAUCACAGCUGCGGCUGUCCUUUACAACCUUGCAGAGCAAAGACCAGACCUUCAGAUCGCUGUUGUUGAAGCUCGAGGUAUUUGCUCUGGCGCCACAGGCCGCAAUGGAGGCCACAUUUGCCGUGCCGAGGGUACAAGCCUUCGCUCUUUGGUCGAACUCGUGGGUCGAGAUGAAGCUCUACGCCUUUCCAAGCUUGGCACGCGUAACCGCGACCUGAUGUUCGCCGCCAUUGACAACUUGGGGAUCAGCGACAAGGUCGACCUGCGCCUUACCGGCACGCGCGUGGUAUUCGCCUCAGAGGAAGAGAGAGAGGAGUACCAUGCCGAAAUGGAUUUUGCGAAAGUUCUAGGCAUUUCACUGGAGGGUCAUUACUUGGACCCAGAACAGCUUGCCCAGGAAAGCAACCUUUCAUCUGGAUGGGGCAAAUUCGGAUCCGACUGCAUUGACAAGUCGGGCAGUAUCUUUCCCCGCAAGCUCGUGGCUGAGUUACUUCGAGACGCCAGGAAACGCAUCCCUGGCUUGACCAUCCAUUCUUCCAACCCUGUAAGAUCAGUGACCAGACAAGAGGUGGCUUCUGUACCGUCCUAUACUGUGACCACGGACAGGGGCACAAUCCGUAGUCGCGUGGUUGUUCAUGCCACGAACGCCUACGUUAGCUACCUGAUUCCGUCGUUAAAAGGGAGGGAAGGCGUGCUAGGCUGCAAAGCAGAAUGCAUCGCAGUCACCCCAAAUGUGUCAGCUACAUCCUCUAACACACCAUUGGGCCUCCGUGGUGGUCUCGGCUUCGAGGAAUUCUCACACUAUAUUAUUCAGCGACCGGAUAAUGGCCCCUUCAUAUACGGAUGGGCUGGAAUUGAAAAGGUUGGAGACUACGAUGACAGCACCACGUUGCCACUGGAUGCCAACCAGAAGCCUCCAGCGUGCGAUCUUAUGGCUGAGUUUCUUGAAAAGGGGUUCCCGCAAAGCUUCCGGGAGAUCGAUUUGCAGCGCGAUAUCAGUCACCGAUGGACAGGUGUACAAGGCCACACGAAGACUGGUGCAAGUCUGGUAGGUAGGUGGUCUAAGGAAAGUCCGGGUGAAUUCAUAUCCGUUGGCCAUAACGGCGAAGGCAUGGGCCGUUGUUUCGCCUGCGCUACUGUCAUCACAGACAGACUUCUACAUUACCUGGAUGGUAAAAACGAUGAUAGCUGGACUCCGUUCGACUGGUUCCCUAGGUCGUUCUUGUAUAAUAUCUAG